CGAAACACCACCACCUCCUUCUCCCUCCCUCCCUCCUCGAUCCCAUUCCCCCCCCCCCUCUUAUCUCUCUCCCCAAUCUCCUCCACACAGCAAUGGCGAAGCCGAGGCUGCUCGCCCUCCUCCUCCUCGCCGCCCUCCUCCUCGCCCUCUCCUUCUCGCACGGGGAAGCGAAGGACGUGCAGCUGGUGAAGCCGGCGCGCCGCUACGGGCGGUGGCGCUCGGCCCUCCAGGCCGGCGAUGGGAUGGUGUCGACGGUGGCGGACUACUCCGAUCCCAAGCCCAACACCAACCCCCGCGGCGGCGUGCUCCCCCCGACCGACCCCAACUCGCCGCCGGCGCACUGACCGCCGCCGACCACCGUCGAUCUACGGUCUCCUUCCACCCCGGUCAGCCGGCGACGUAUCUGCGUAUAAAUACACUAUAUAUACUGUACUACCGUAUAAAUACCUAGUAGUAGUAAAUACGGCGUAUAAAUUCGGAAUACAUGUGCGUAAUUAAGUAGUAGAGGAAGAGGAAGGAUCGGAAUAAGCUGACGGCGUUCUUCUCCUUGGGCAUAUACGGUGCAGUGACCGUAUACAUGUACGCGUACAUACGUAUACAUGUACGCGUAUACGUAUGCGCGGCGUACACACUAGCCAAUUAUUGAAGUAGACCUAGCUAGACUUGUGCUUGACUGUCUGUCAUGUGUGUGUGUGAUUAUUGCGUGUCUGAUGUUGAUCGUCGUUGAUUGAUUAUUAUGAGAUUCUGAACAAUGUUUUGUUUGAUUAAUUUGGACGAUUAAUUGUUACUAGAACGUAUACACGUGCGUGUGUGUAAUGUUGAUGUGUCUUGCAUUUCGUCCCCGUUGUAUCACAACCGAUCCAUGUAAUUUGCAAUAAAAUCAUCAAUAAUAAUGUGUCAUUGUUGGAUGUAA